CCCACAUCCAUCGCCUGCUGGGCACCGGCAUGGCCGGGAAGCCCCGGGGCCGGAUUGGGGACUACAUUUCCCGUGAUGCCCUGCGCGCAUUGACGUCACUUCCUGUUAUAACCAGCCCUCUGUGCCUACAGCUCCCGUCGUGCCUCGCGGUCCCGGACUACAUUUCCCAUCGUGCCCCGCGCAAGACGGAGGGGGUGUGUCCCAGCUCGCCCGUCCCCGAUGACGCGCGCGGGCGCCAUGGCGACGCGGUGACGUCACGCGGCGGCGCCGGUACGGGCGGAGGGGGGCCCGGCCCGGGCCCGGGGAUGGCAGCCCGGCGGCUCCGCGGGGCUCUGCAGCUCGGGCAGCGGCAGCGGGCGGCGGCGGCCCCUCCCAGGAGGCACACGGCACUGUGCGGACUCCGGCUCAGCCGGCUUGGCCGGCCGGUGAGCGGUGCCGAGUGGGAGCUGUGCGCCCAGCCCAGCCGCUCCUUCCUCAACCUCACCAACAAGCGGAAGGAAUACUCGGAGCGGCGCAUCAUCGGGUAUUCUAUGCAGGAGAUGUAUGACGUGGUCUCCAACGUGGAGGACUACAAGAACUUCGUACCCUGGUGCAAGAAGUCCGUGGUGGUUUCCAAACGGAGCGGCCACCUCAAGGCACAGCUGGAAGUUGGCUUCCCGCCAGUGUUGGAGCGCUACACUUCCAUCGUCACCCUUGUCCGGCCGCACCUUGUCAAGGCUGUCUGCACCGACGGGCGCCUCUUCAAUCACCUGGAGACGAACUGGCGCUUCAGCCCCGGCAUUCCUGGCUACCCCCGUACCAGCACCGUGGAUUUCUCGAUCUCCUUCGAGUUCCGCUCCCUGCUCCACUCCCAGCUGGCCACCGUCUUCUUUGACGAGGUGGUCAAGCAGAUGGUGGCGGCCUUCGAGCGCCGGGCGGCCAAGAGCUUCGGCCCGGAGACACGCAUCCCACGGGAGCUCAUGUUCCAUGAAGUUCACCAGACGUGAGGCCGGUGCGGCCGCCACGGACUCUGCCCACCCGCAAUAUUUAUUGGAGUGUGUCCCCAUGGCGGGCGCGAGGCAAAGCUCCCGCUGCUGCCGAGCUGCGUCCUAGCACCGAACUCCCUGGAGGUGCAGCUGAUUUUGGUUUUAAAUUUUGGUUUUACCUCUUGGGAACUGUUUUUCUCCAGUUUUGUUCCCUUUAAACCCCUCCACGAGGCUGGCGGGGCCCGGUGCUGGGGCAGCUCCACCGGCUGGCAGGAGAGCCUGACCGGAUUCUGCAUGAGGAAAGGGAAGGAUGGGGUCCGGGUGCUGGGCCCCCUUCUCCCCUGGCUCUUCCAGGAGCAAAAGGGAAGGAGAAGGAUGCAGGGAGGAAAGCGGAGCUAGAGCCGAGGGUCCCGGCAGUGCCCACCUCGACGCCGCAGUUUGCACAAGUCGCACGCACAGGGCGGGGGGACGGGGACUCCCCCCUCGCCACCGACCCCGCAGGGACCAGGAUGGCUCCGGCCGCCCUGUGUCCCUGCGGAUCCCACUCCCCUUCCCUUCGGUGCGGGAUCGCGGGGGCUCCGGCUCCUCCAGGGGGGCAGGGGCUCCCCCCACGCCGCUGUCCCCCGCGCGGAUGCUCCGUGGCCUCACUGUGACGAGGGGCUGCUCAGGCCAAUAAAGAGAAUUUUCAAG